GUGGAAUCAAGAGAUACUUUAAACAGUAUUGCCUUGAAAUUUGAUACAACACCCAAUGAACUGGUUCAAUUAAAUAAGCUUUUCUCCAGAGCAGUCGUUCCUGGACAGAUUUUGUAUGUUCCUGACCCAGACUACAUUUCUAGUGUGGACAGCUCCCCUUCUCUAAGUCCUAUAAGUCCCCUAUCACCUACAUCUUCCGAAGCAGAGCUUGACAAGGCUACAGUAAAUGAUCCAGAUGGAGUCCAACAGAAAGAGUCAGCUGCUUCACCAGCACAUGUGUGUGUUCGUCCCACAAGAGUGGUAUCAUCCACCUCCGAAGAGGAGGAAGCAUUUACAGAGAAGUUUCUAAAAAUUAAUUGCAAGUACAUCACUAAUGGCAAGGGUACGGUCAAUGGUGUGCUGCUAGUGACGCCAAAUAAUAUAAUGUUUGAUCCUCAUAAAAUGGAUCCUCUGGUCCAAGAGAACGGCUGUGAAGAGUAUGGCAUCAUGUGUCCAAUGGAAGAAGUGAUGUCAGCUGCUUUGUAUAAGGAAAUUGUGGACAGCAAAAUUAAGGAUUCAUUAACCAUAGAUGUAGAACAGCUGUCUGUAAGGGAACUUUGCCAUUCCAAGAAAGCUGCAAAGAGCAAUACAGAUGAAAUGGAUUCUAGGAUUCGGGAUACAGGCAAUGACAGUGCUAGUACCGCCCCAAGGAGCACAGAGGAGUCUCUUUCAGAAGAUGUCUUCACAGAAUCAGAACUCUCUCCAAUACGUGAGGAGCUUGUUUCCUCAGAUGAGCUUCGACAAGACAAAUCUUCUGGAGCAUCAUCGGAAUCUGUCCAAACGAUAAACCAGACUAGUGCUGAAUGUUUAACAGUCAUUUCAGACUCAGGUGAAGCUGCCAGUAACUUAAAACCCAGUGCUGAAAUGGUUGUAAAUGUUAAACAGUUUGGUACCCACAUCUUAGGUUCAGAAAGUGCUGAAAAAUCUAUAAAGGAGGGACAAGAACCUAGUGAAAAUAUUGCAGAUGUCUUCCAGCAAUCAUUGCAAGGAUCACACGGUAGCGAAGAGCAUGACAAAGAGGCAGAAGUGGGCAAUGAUCAAGGUUCCUCACGAGGAAAAGAACCAGAAGGAGAGAGCAAGGUAGGAGAGGAAUGUAUAUGUUAUGAAGAUACCACAGAAUCUCAAAAGAAAGAGACAACUAGCAAAGGAAAAGUAGUGAGGGAGCAAACGCAAGACUCCGAGACAGAAGUUGAGGAACUCCGCAAACUCUGGAAGACCCACACUAUGCAACAAACCAAACAACAAAGAGAAAACAUGCAACAGGAUUCACAAAAAGAAAUUAGUCAGAAAACUGUGACUGCAGGAGAUAGGCAAUUAGAAGGUGGUUCUCUUCCAAAAGAAAAAAGACGACAUCGAUCUCACAAGUUUCUGCGUCUCAGGGUUGGAAAACCCAUGAGAAAAACAUUUGUUUCACAAGCAAGUGCAUCAAUGCAACAGUAUGCACAGAGGGAUAAAAACCAUGAGUACUGGUUUGCCGUUCCACAAGAAAGGUAA